GUAAAGACUGCUUGAAAGAAACAAAAAUGGCUGCAUCCUCUUCUUCAACUUCAUCCCAAAUAAGCUUAAAACUUCUGGUCGACAAAAAAGACCAGAAAGUUAUAUUUGCCGAAGCCGACAAACAAUUUGUGGAUUUUCUCUUCCACAUCCUGUCUCUCCCUGUUGGUACAGUAAUCAAGCUUCUGACGAAAAAUUCCAUGGUGGGUUCAAUAGGAAACCUCUAUCACAGCAUUGAAAACUUAAGCGAUACUUAUAUGCAGCCAAAUCAAAGCAAAAACUCUGUUUUGAACCCAAAGAUUGCUAACGUUGGGACUCAGGUCCCGCUAUUGUUGCUACCCAAUGAUGAUGCUCCCAUGGCUAAACAGCUUUACAGUUGUAGUAGAAGUAGUGGUUAUGAUCACCAUUCAUAUGUAGCUGAUGAUCCGACUGCUGUUUGUCCUUCUUGUGAUGGGCUGUUAAACAGAAGGUUGUCCUAUGUGGCUGGUUCUGGUUCAGAAAAGUUGACAGCAGAAGAAGGUGGUUUCGUGAAGGGGGUGGUGACUUAUAUGAUUAUGGAUGAUUUGGAGGUAAAGCCCAUGUCCACCAUAUCCAGCAUCACCAUGCUCAACAACUUGAAUUUGAAAGAAAUUGGUGGUCUUGAGGAAAAGCUGGUUCCUUUCGGUAUGGAAGAGGUAUGCUUUGUUUGUAUUAUAUAUUAAUUUGUAUUGUAUAAC